AAAGCUUGGUGGCCACUAGCCUUCACCUUUAAGCUUCUUGCUUUCAGCUACUUUUUAGCAUCUGUUCAUAUGCUUCUUGUUUUCUACAACUUUUUGUUUAAACUUAUACGGUGAAGACCCAACACUUCGUAUUAUAUCCACAAUUGUACUUUUAACUCCUGCUUGUUUUUGUCGCUCGACGUGUACCAGUUUCGAUCGAUAAUCCUCUUUAUUUAGUAGUGGUCGACUGAGGCCUCGGCAUGCAGGGGCCACCUCACUUGCUUUCUUUCUUUAUUGCAUAAGGGCAUAAACGACUGCCUUUGAGCGAUGACCAAUCUCUUACUUAAAGAAAAACCGUCGCUGUAAAAGCUUUACCACUAAAAGGUUAGCUUUUGGAUAUAACAAGAAUUUCAAUAGCUACCUUGUGCGUAGAGUUUGAAGCCUUUUUGUAGACAUCUCAAGCCCUUAAGAACACAUUUAUUGCUCAAUAUAUGCUUCUUGUUCUUAAAAGAACAAAGCUUAUGCUUCUUGAUAUCAAAAGCACAAAGCAUUGGCUUCUCUGUUUUUUGGCUAAUAGCAUUCUUGGCUACUACUUCUUGUAUUUGCUUUAUUGUGGGAUCUUCAUUACUCUUCCAACCUCAAUCUGCUUUAACUUAACAGCUAAGUUUGAACUUCUUUUUAUUUGUGUUUUUCUGAAUUUGAAAACAAGGUAUUUUGUCCUCUUGUUGCCGGAGAGCUUGAUGUUUGGUUUUUUCUGACAUUCUAGUACCAUUUGUGUUGGUCCCUUUCCUUGUGUUUUUCUUUUUGGAUUUUGUUGCUGCUUACUGUUCUAGCAUGCUGUUCUUUAUUGAUUCGUUUCGUUUGAACGAGUCAUCGUCGUCGUCGCCGCCCCAAGAACGAUUUUGUUGUGAUAUUCUAUCAAAGAAAGCUCAUUUUUCAGCUUAAUCUCUAUGAAUAUGGUUUGGUUUCUUUCAUUACUUCUUUGUAUUCUAGGAAUUUCCGAAGGGGCCUCAAGAACUGAAGUAGUGAAAGUUGGAGCUAUAUUUUCACUUCGUUCUGUUAAUGGAAAAGUGUCCAAGAUUGCCAUUGAGGCUGCUGAGAAGGAUGUGAACUCUGAUCCAAGUGUUCUUGGUGGAAGAAAGCUAUCUAUAUCCAUACAUGAUGCAAAUUACAGUGGAUUUCUUGGUAUCACAGGAGCAAUAAAGUACAUGGUAUCUGACACGGUUGCUAUCCUUGGUCCACAAGAUGCUACUAUGGGACAUAUACUCUCACAUCUUUCAAAUGAACUCCAUGUCCCAUUACUAUCAUUUACAGCAUUGGAUCCAACACUUUCAACUUUGCAAUAUCCAUACUUCAUUCAAACAGCUCCAAAUGAUCAAUUCCAGAUGGCAGCAAUAGCAGAUAUGAUUAGUUAUUACGGUUGGCACGACGUCGUCGUGCUUUACACCGACGAUGAUCAAUGUCGAAACAGUAUGUUCACAUUAGGCGACAAAAUCGAAAACAAAGGCUUGAAAAUACCCUCUAAAGUAGCACUUCCCCCUUACCCAACAGCCACAAGAACUCAAGUUCACGACGCGCUCGUAAAGAUUAAAAUGAUGGAAUCUCGAGUUAUCGUAUUAUAUACGUUCUCGAAAACAGGUUUCUUGGUUUUCGAAAUGGCUAAAAGCCUUGGAAUGAUGGAGGCUGGAUAUGUUUGGAUAACCUCUAGUUGGCUAUCAACAGUUAUAGAUUCUACUUCACCCCUUCCCUUGAAAACGGCUAACUCCAUACAAGGCGUUCUUACGCUUCGGCUACAUACACCCGAGUCGAAAAGGAAGCAAUCGUUUAUAUCUCGUUGGAACGAGCUGAGUAAUGGCUCGAUUGGGUUGAAUACUUAUGGCCUAUAUGCAUAUGAUACUGUUUGGAUGAUUGCAAGAGGAUUGAAAGAGUUAUUUGAUCAAAAUGGUACCAUUUCUUUCUCCAAAUAUACACAUGCUGGUAGUCUUAGUGGAGAGAGCUUGGAUUUUAGUUCACUAGGAGUGUUUAAUGAGGGAAAUGAGCUGCUUAACAAUCUAUUGACUAUCAGUAUGAUUGGCCUGACAGGGCCUAUUCAGUUUCAAGAUAGAUACCCUUUGCAUCCCUCAUAUGAUAUCUUGAAUGUUGUGAAAUCUGGUAUGAAGAGGAUUGGAUAUUGGUCGAACCAUUCGGGGCUAUCUGUCGUGGCGCCCGAAACGCUGUAUGGAAAAGCAGUCAAUCGUACCGAACAGUUAGGCAGCAUGGUGUGGCCUGGGGGAUUGACAACAAAGCCUCGUGGUUGGGUUCUUCCACUCGAUGGAAGACGGUUAAGAAUUGGCGUUCCACGCCGAGUUAGUUAUCAGGAGUUUGUGACGCCCGGAAGUGGUAACGAAACGAUUAAAGGAUACUGCAUUGACGUGUUCGUUGCUGCGGUCGAGUUGCUUCCAUAUGCUGUUAAUUAUGAGUUUGUUUUGUUUGGAGAUGGCAAGGAGAAUCCUAGCUACUUUGAGCUUGUUAAUAAUGUUGCAUUGAAAGAAUUUGAUGCUGCUGUUGGUGAUAUUGCAAUUGUGACGAGUCGUACCAAGAUUGUCGAUUUUACGCAGCCUUAUAUCGAGUCGGGGCUAAUAGUGUUGGCCCCUGUGAAGAAUUUGAACUCGAGUCCUUUGGCGUUCCUUCGCCCGUUCACACCGAUGUUGUGGAUUGUCUCGGCAGCAUUUUUCCUUCUCAUUGGAUUAGUCGUGUGGAUUUUGGAACGUCGAGAUAAUGACGAAUUCCAAGGACAUCCUAGGAAGCAAUUCGUCACAAUCCUCUGGUUUGGCUUCUCUACUAUGUUUUUUGCACAAAGAGAAAACGUCAUGAGCACGCCCGGUCGUUUCGUGCUUGUCAUAUGGCUUUUUGUGGUUCUAAUUAUAAACUCGAGCUACACCGCUAGUCUAACGUCGAUAUUCACGGUACAGCUAGCAACCUCACCUAUCACAGGAAUUGAUUCAUUGAUAUCUACCAAUGUCCGUAUAGGAUUCCAAGUUGGUUCGUUUGCUGAAAGUUAUUUAAGUGAGGAACUUAACGUCCACAAGUCAAGGCUCAUUGCUCUUGGAUCCCCAAAAGAGUAUGCUGCUGCUCUCAAGAACGGCACGGUGGGCGCUAUCGUUGACGAGCAGCCAUACAUCGAUGUUUUUCUCGCCGAGUACUGCGAUUAUUCGACAAAAGGCCAACAGUUCACCAAAAGUGGAUGGGGAUUUGCAUUUCCGCGAGACUCUCCAUUGGCGGGAGACUUGUCGACGGCCAUACUCACUCUAUCUGAGAAUGGCGGUCUUCAAAAGAUUCACGAUCAGUGGUUCUCAAGAAAGUCUUGCAGUUCUGGAGAUUCCAAUCUCGAUCAAGAACAACUUCACUUGCAGAGUUUCAUUGGACUCUUCUCCAUUUGUGCCGGCGUAUGUUUCUUCGCACUUUUCCUGCAUUUCUUCUUGACGAUGUGCCAAUUCAACCGCCAUUUGAAGCAAGAUCCAGAAGCUUCGAGUAAUCGCGUUUCCAACCCUACGCGUCUGCGCAAAUUCUUAUCGUUUGCAGAUGCAAAGAGAGGAGGCUUAUCGAAGAGAAAGAUCGAAGAUACACUCUCGAGUGAACGCGGAGAGAAUUAGGGCUUUGCAAAUUCAGAUCGCGCCAUCGUAUGUAAGAGUCGAGAUGCAUCUUUUUUUUUCAUUUAUUGGAAUUAGCAAAUUUUAUGCACAAAUAAUGCUAUUUUAUAUUAAUGAUCAAAUCGUGCCUGCAUUGAUCAAAUUCACUA